AUGAGUGAAUUUGCUUCAACAGGAGGACAAACAAAUGUGCCGCAAAGCACAGCAUACGCAGCAGCCGUUCAACGUGCCAGAGAAUCAAGGCCUGCAUCAUCUGCAGGAACAGGUUUUUCAAAUGAAGGGGUAUUCAGUGAAGAAAUAAUGGUGCCAGACAAAAUUGUCGGUUUAAUCAUAGGAAGGGGAGGAGAACAAAUAACGAGGCUACAAUUUGAGUCGGGCUGUAAAAUACAAAUGGAGAGGUCGAGAGGUACAGUGGAAAGACAGUGUACAUUAACUGGAACAAGAGAGGCUAUAAAUCGUGCUAGAGAAAUGGUUAUGAAUAUAGUUUCGACUUUAAUUAGAAAUGAAAAUUUUGGUAGUGGAGGUAGUGGGAAUAAUAAUAAUAAUGGAAAUGAUUCUUUUUCACAUCCGCCAUUUCACCAAAAUCAAAAUUCGGUUCCUCAAGGCCAAGCAUUUGCAGAGAUUAUGAUUCCUGGUCCUAAGGUGGGACUUGUUAUUGGGAAAGGGGGUGAAACAAUAAAACAUCUUCAAGACACGACUGGAGCUAGAAUGGUAGUUGUACAAGAUUCAAAUUCUCAAGAUUAUGAAAAACCGUUAAGAAUAACAGGCACGCAACAACAAGUUGAUCACGCAAAAGACUUAGUUUACCAAAUGAUAGCUGAUAAAGACGUAGGAAGCGGCGACAGGCGAAAUAGAGCCGACAGAAGUCACUUUAAUAGCGCAGGUCCUCCUAGUGGACCCAAUAAUUUUAGUAAUGAAUUUGACAAUAAUUCUCAACCUGGCGGAGGCGUCAUCGAGAUACUGGUGCCUCGUGCAGCUGUUGGUGUGGUUAUUGGUAAAGGAGGAGAAAUGAUUAAAAAAAUUCAAAGUUCGACGGGCGCGAAAUUACAGUUUGAGCAAGGUAGAGACGAUGGACCUGGAGAUAGGAAAUGUAUAUUAACGGGUAAACCUGAACAAUGUGAAGAUGCCAGAGAAAAGGUUAUAGAAUUAAUAGAUAGCGUGCAGAGGCGGGAUGAUCGAAGAGAGCCUGGACGAACAGGUAGAAACGAUCGGAAUGAUAGGGAUAGAAGAGGUCAAUCGGCAGGAGAUUUCGAUAGGCAAGCCGGUCGAAAUGAGAGGUGGAAUAGUAGGGAUAGAUCUGAGCGCAAUGAAAUAACAUUUGCCGUUCCAGCUAACAGGGCGGGAUUCGUAAUAGGAAAGGGAGGUGAAAAAAUUAAACAAAUUAAUGCUCAAUGUGGAGCUUAUUGUGAAAUAGACAGGAAAUUAUCGAGUGUGAAUCCUGCCGAAAAAGUUUUUGUAAUUAGAGGAACCCCUGAACAAAUCGAAGAGGCUAAAAGGCUAAUUAUUGAAUACAGUGGAAUAGAAGAUUAUUACGGUGUGGGAAGUGGAGGUGGAGGUAAUUCGGGAGGAAACGGAAACAAUAAUUCACAUCAUCAACUUCCUAUUACUUCUACGGCUUAUCCCAAUCAAGGAGGUUUUCAACCUCAAGGCUGGGGCGGACCCAAUUCAAAUAGUUAUCAAUGGGGUGGAGUAGUACAAUCCGCGGGGGCGGAGUCAAAUCAAUCUCAAGUUCCAAUCAAUCCAGUCAAUGGUCAACCAGAUUACACUCUUCAAUGGGUAGAAUAUUAUAGAAGCAUAGGAAUGGUGCGAGAAGCAGAAAUGAUAGAGCAGCAAGCUAAAAGUAACAAGAUGAUGGGCAAUGCAAAUCCGGCUCAGCCAGGUUCAAACACGCAAAAUAUGAAUGCCACAGCGCCGGCUCAACAAGCGGCUGGAAACCCACAAGCAAAUGGAGCACAACCAGAUUACAGCGCCCAGUGGGCAGAGUAUUAUCGGUCUAUAGGAAAAGUUAAGGAAGCAGAAGCAAUAGAAGCUCAAAUUAAAGCCAAGGCUGCAGGAGGAAUGGCUACAGUAAAUCCGCAAGCACCUUCCCAGCCUUCUCAACAGCAACCGGGUCAAAUGAUGGCAACUGCAGCUCAACAACCGGCUCAGUUCAAUCAGUUUAGUGGUUUUCAGCAGCAAGGAAAUCCGGCUCCUUAUUACGGAGCUCCUGGUCAAGGACCUCCAUAUGGUAACUAUCCGGGAUACCCUGGAGGAUAUGGACAAGGUGGUUCGGAAAAUUAA